GUCUGUUACAAGAGGGGAAAAAAAUGAGAGAAUAUUGGACCUCUCUCGCCUCACUUCUCGGUGUCUUUGCCUUCUGUCAAACCAUCCUCCAGGCAGUCUUCCCACCGGAGCUCCGUUUCGCUUCCGUCAAGCUCUUCAACCGGAUCUUCCACUGCUUCUCCUCCUACUGCUACUUCGACAUAACGGAGAUCGACGGCGUCAACACCAACGAGCUCUACAACGCCGUGCAGCUCUACCUCAGCUCCUCCGUUUCCAUCACCGGAAACCGCCUCAGUCUCACACGCGCUGUCAACUCCAGCGGCUUCACCUUCGGGCUCGCCAACAAUGACAGCAUCGUGGACACCUUCAACGGCGUCAACGUCCUCUGGGAGCACGUGGUCACGCAGAGGCAGGCCCAGACCUUCUCCUGGCGUCCGCUCCCCGACGAGAAGCGUGGCUUCACGCUCCGGAUCAAGAAGAAAGACAAGGCCUUGGUCCUCAAUUCCUACCUCGAUUACAUUAUGGAGAAAGCCAGCGAUAUCAGGAGGAAGAACCAGGAUCGUCUUUUGUACACCAAUUCCAGAGGCGGUUCCUUGGAUUCCCGGGGCCACCCCUGGGAAUCUGUGCCCUUCAAGCACCCCAGCACCUUUGACACAUUGGCCAUGGACCCUCAGAAGAAGAGAGAGAUCAUGGAGGAUCUCCAGGACUUCGCCAAUGGACAGUCUUUCUACCAUAAGACUGGGAGGGCUUGGAAGAGGGGUUACCUUCUCUACGGCCCUCCCGGGACUGGUAAAUCUAGCAUGAUUGCUGCUAUGGCCAAUUACCUUGGCUAUGAUAUCUAUGAUUUGGAGUUGACAGAGGUGCAUAACAACUCUGAACUCCGGAAGCUUCUCAUGAAAACCAGCUCCAAGUCCAUCAUAGUGAUUGAGGACAUUGAUUGCUCUAUCAACCUCACCAACAGAAACAACAAAGGUAACACCUCGGUUUCCGCUUCGAGGAGUUACUACGAUUCGGAGUUACGAGGUGGCGGCGGCGGCGGCGGUGGGUGCGGUGAGGAAGGUGGGAACACGAUUACCCUGUCUGGGUUGUUGAAUUUCACUGAUGGGCUGUGGUCUUGUUGCGGGAGUGAGAGGAUUUUCGUGUUUACCACCAACCACAUUGAGAAGCUGGACCCUGCCCUGUUACGGAGUGGGAGAAUGGAUAUGCAUAUUUUCAUGAGUUACUGUUCGUUCCCGGCGCUGAAGAUCCUGCUGAAAAACUACCUGGGGUGUGAAGAGUGCGAGCUGGAGGAGACGAUCUUGAAGCAGUUGGAGGAGGUGGUGGACGUGGCGCGUAUGACUCCAGCGGAUAUCAGCGAGGUAUUGAUCAAGAACAGGCGCAAGAAGGAGAAGGCGGUGGAGGAACUGUUGGAAACGCUGAAGGUGAGAGCGGAGAUGAACGAGAAGAGUGGGGUUCUGAUGAGAGGGGAAAAUGGGGUAGAAGAGGAGGAAGAAGAAGAGCAAGAAAAAAGAGCUUUGGACAGCGAGAGUCCUAAGGAGGAGUCAGAAAUUGAAGACAAUUGCAAAGAGGAAGAGGAAGAAGAGAAGGUGAAGUGAUAAUUAUAAUAAUAGAAUGGAAUGAAUACAUUGAGUAUAAUGUCCAAUAUCGAAGGUGAAGGGAAUUUUUGAAGGGUGGAGAAGCUUAGCUAGGGUCUCUAAUUUGAGAGACCGGUGUAUGGUUUAGUUUUGAAAAAAAUAAUAAUAAUGGAGUGGUUUUACUAUUUAGAUAUGUAGGGAAAGUUAUCUGCAUCGCGAGAUAGAUGAAGAUUUGUUUUGGGUGUGGGAAGGACUUUACACCCUGACAUGGUUGGGGAGCCAGCUGGGAUGUUGGUGAACACCUGGGUGCACAUGGCAUGGGAAAGGUUGGUAACCUGAUGGGACUUGUAGGGAAUAAUGGUGAUAAGUAGGGUAGGACUAUUGCCUAAUGACAAAUUUUAAUCAUGCAUUCCAAAACUCUCUUUAUUCUAA